AUGUUCAUUCGCAAAUAUUCGACUCCUCGACCACUUUUAUUGGACAUUCUACCUCAGAGAAAGCUGAUCAAGCGUCUGUUGUUUGACUUUGACGCCAAGUUCAACUAUGGCAAAUAUUUGCCGGUCGUUCAAAAAGUGUACGAUAAUGUCGGCAAAGACCAGCUCGAGUUUCCCAAGAAGUUCCGGGGCAGAGACCUGUUGUUGUUCCAGAAAGUUUUGAACGAGAUCAGGCAACAAACCCACACAUCCAACAAGUACUUGGUUGAGCUCGAAGAGGAGCUGGUUGAACGAGCUGCAGAAUUAGGUAGCAGAGAUGCCUUGACCAUCCUCUCGUUCAAAGCUCUGAGAGAUACGAAUAAUGAGUAUACACAGGAUGACAAGGUCCAGGCAGAGAAGUUUGUUGCUGAGUUGAAGAAACUCGAACACCCGCUGGUGUACAAGAUGAACGGUGACUACCAAUUUGAUCUAGGGAACUUUAAAGAAGCUGUUGGUGAGUACUGGAAGUUCAUUCAGCUCGACAAAAGCUCAUUUCUGGCGGCGGACGCAUUUAAAGCACUAGGAAUGAUCCAUUUCAAACAGCGACAGUUGCUCCGGGCCAAGCUGUUUUUUGAAAAAUCCAUCAAGCUGGCUCCUGUUUCGAAGGUCGCACAGUCGCACUUCAUGCUGGGCCAGAUCUACGAGAUCGACCCGGUGAGAGCACGCUACCAUUUUGAAAUGGCUGCCACUCAGGGGUUCAGAGAAAGUUUCCAGAUGCUGGGUUUUCUGGAACUCAACUAUUUCAAUAACAUCUACAAGGCCAAGACCUGGUUCCGAAUGGGGUCAGAGCUAAGCGACUAUAACUGCAUGAUUGGGCUUUUCGAUUGUUACAUCAAGGAGCAAAAUUGGAAGGCUGCUCGGAAAGCUUUUGAUGGAAUCACCAAAUAUCUAGACUCGCAACAGAUACAGCUGGAUCUUGAGUCGAUCAGAAAAGAGUCUGUCGACAAAUUGAUCAGCCACGAAACCACAUCUUCUGUCUCGAAGGAACCAUCGUCGAUUUGGGACGUCUAA